AUGGCCGGCCUGUGGACGACGUAUAUGGACAGCCCGCCAACGCAGCGAUCCACCGUGCUUGCCUCGAUAAUCAACGACCUUCCAAAGGCUCUUUUAGCUGUCAAGACACUCGGAAGAAAUCCAGACGCCUCUUCCGUCAUUGUCAAACCCGCCAAUCUCCGUCAACUGCACAAACUAUCCCGUCCCUCAAACUCACCAGCAGCCUCUGCGGAGGCCCUCCGCUGCGUUGCCAACGCGCUAUUAUUAGUCGAGUCCGGUCGGGAUGCUUGGUUAGAAGUUGGAGGCGGUAAAUUAUGCCUCGACUAUUUACGAGAUCCCAAAGUCAAAGAAGAGUUUUACUUUCUCAACGCGCGCAUCCUCUUCCUCACCACGUUGAAGCAAUGCCCCUUCUUGAAGGAAACUGCAGAGGACCAAAAGGUUAUCGAAAGCAUCGCAGAGCGGUGCGAAUCGUUACUGGAAGCCAACAUUUCAAGCAAACCGUUUGCAAAGGAGGCGUUGACGGACGUCCUCAAGUUUAUAUUCAAUCUCAUGCUCCAGUAUCCACGAAUGACAGACGGUGAAGGGGCAGAACGAAAGGUGAUGGGCGAGCAAUGGAGUCCACGAUUCGACCCACUGAUAACACCCUUGAUUCACAUCUUUAUCCGCCUUCCUCCUUCAAAUCCACCCCUUGCAGCCCCUCUUACCCAUGUCAUUCAUGCUCUCCUGAACAUACCAGUCCUCUCGUAUGCCAGCGUUUGGUUCCCCUCUCUACCCACGGAGAAGGAAAGGAGCUCAAAGCUGAAGAAGCCAUCUACCCCUCGCGGUGAUAGUGCCGCCUCUACGUCGUCCGCCUCCGGUACACCAAAGGACAAUGGCUGGUCCAAAUCCUCUGGAUCGUCGCUGUCAGAUCCAUUCCAAAGAGCCAUGUCGCUCCUUUCGUCUCAACGAAGGUCAUUUGGUGGAACACCGCGUCCAGAAGUACCAAGGAGGUCGACCAGUUCGGCAUCUGCCUCUGGAUCGACGUCAAGUUCACCGCCCCGAAGUUCUUCUAUCGAAGGAAGCUCGGAGCAAGAUAGAAUGCGUUCAUCAUCCCCCUCGCGUGCCUCGACCUCUUCCUCCUCGGGAGGCAAGCCAAACAUGCAAAUGGUUACCCAAGCUUGUCAGCUGUUGGAAACAACCCUCGCCACAUACUGGCCUGGGACGACAGAAGUAGACGCGCAGAGCGUGCGUGACCACGCAAAGCGAGAAGGCAUCACGCUCGACGAAGUUAUCACGCCUCUUGUGGCAUUGAUGGCGCGCAUGGCAGAGCAUCUGGACGCUCGCGUCGAGAUGAGGAAUUGGAUACUGCCUGCAGAUCUGGACCGAAAGGAGUCGUUGGAGAACCGGAGCGACACACUUGGACGCUGUCUACGGCUGAUGGCCGGCGUUUAUUUUCCACGUUUAAAGGAUGCCAUUGGCGAAUGGCUCUUUACCGUCUGCGAUUCGGAUGCGACCAUCUUAUCCGGACAAAUUGGAUACGGGAACGCGGCCGGGUAUCUCUUCAACAAGGGCCUCAUGUCGGCACCCCCUUCGACUUCUGCCUCUUCGAGGGCGUCCACGAGCGGCGGGAGUGGUCCCUCUCUACCGGAGAAUAUCAACCCGAUCACAGGUACACUGAACCGGGAAGACGAAGACGACGGACCGGAGAUGACCGAAGAGGAAAAGGAGAGAGAGGCAGAGAAGUUGUUUGUCCUCUUUGACCGUCUGGAUAAAGCGGGGAUCGUCGAGCAUCCGGCACGCAAAGCGAUCCAAGAAGGCAAGUUUAGUAUGGGACCGUUUGGACCUUAG